AUGAAAACACCAGUAAAAAAAUUUGUUGAGAAAGCUAGAGAAUUGUUGAGUGAAAUGGAAAAAGAAAUUAAAAAUUUUGAAAAAACUGACAAAAUUUUCUUGAAAACUAUUCAUAAAUUAGAAGUGGAAAAAUUAAAUUAUGGAAUAAUUAAAAAGGAAGAAGAGAAUGAGGAAAGUGUCAGUGAUUUUGAAGGUUCUUGCAGAGAUAUAGAAUCACCCAGAAAUUAUCAAUCUGAUGCGGAAAGUUUUGUAUCUGAGAGAGAAAAUGAAGAAUCGGGAAUAAUUAAUUUAUUUGAAGAUAACUCUGAAGAUAAAUGUUUUUUCUCGUCUUUUCUUCUCCAAUUAGAAAAUAAACCAACAAUUAUUUAUUUAAUACACCAAUACGAACAUAAAAUUGCAAAAAAGGAAAAACAAGUAAAGAUUCAAGAUCCAAAAAAAUUUAGAGAAAUUGCAAUGAAAAAAUUAAAUGAACAAUAUGAGAAAAACCAAAUUAAUUGGAAUGAUAUAAAUUUUAUUAAACUUAAUUUGAAGGCUUAUCAAAUAAUAAUUAAAGAAGGAACAAACGACAUAUUUUAUAAUUCUUUGUUAGAAGAAGAUUUUAAAUUUAACAAUGAAAAAAUUGUUGAAAAUGAAAGAAAAAUGGUUAAACAAAGUAAAAUUAAAAAAUGA